CAGAAGUGGAGUUUUUCGGACAGACGUUGCCGUUCCUCGCCGGGUGAUUUCGGACCGGAGCGGAGAAACAGACCCGCGGCAGCCAUGGGGAAAAGGCAGCACCAGAAGGACAAAAUGUACAUCACAUGUACAGAAUAUACCCAUUUUUAUGGAGGGAAGACAGUUGAAAUUCCACAGUCCAACUUCCGGCGCCUGCCUUUUGAUCACUGUAGCUUAUCUUUGCAACCGUUUGAAUAUCCAGUUUGCACACCAGAUGGGACCAUUUUUGAUUUGCUGAAUAUUGUGCCAUGGAUAAAAAAAUAUGGAACCAAUCCAAUCACAGGGGAGAAGCUCGAGGCCAAAUCGCUCAUCAAGUUGAACUUUGCUAAAAACCAAGACGGCAAAUACCACUGCCCGAUUCUUUUCACAGUCUUCACCAACAACUCCCACAUCGUGGCCAUCAAGACCACCGGGAACGUGUUCGGUUCGGAGGCAGUUGAGCAGCUGAAUAUAAAAACCAAGUCCUUCCAAGACCUCUUGAGCGAUGAGCCCUUCUCCAGGCAGGAUAUCAUUACGCUGCAGGAUCCCACCAAUUUGGACAAAUUUAACGUCUCCAGCUUCUUUCACGUGAAGAACAAUUUGAGAGUCACCGACCCGGAUGACGAAAAGGCCAGAUCAGACCCCUCCUAUUAUUUGAAAAAUGCCAACGUGGAGACCAGAGAGACUCUGUCGGAGUUAUACAAAGAAUUCAAAGGGGACGAUAUCCUGGCGGCCACAAUGAAAGAGCCGGAGAAGAAGAAAACAGACAGGCUGAAUGCGGCUCACUAUUCCACAGGGAGAGUCAGCGCCUCGUUCACAUCCACAGCCAUGGCGCCUGAGACGACGCACGAAGCAGCUGCCAUAGAUGACGACGUGGUGCGCUACCAAUACGUCAAGAAGAAGGGCUACGUCCGGUUACACACCAACCGGGGAGACCUCAACCUGGAGCUUCACUGCGACAUGACCCCUAGAACCUGUGAAAACUUCAUUCAACUCUGCAAGAGGAACUACUACGAUGGGACCAUAUUUCACCGAUCAAUUCGCAAUUUCGUGAUUCAAGGUGGAGACCCUACCGGGAUUGGAACAGGCGGAGAGUCGUGCUGGGGGAAGCCGUUCAAAGACGAACUGAGGCCCAACUUGUCCCACACCGGGCGAGGCGUCCUCAGCAUGGCCAACACGGGGCCCAACACGAACAAGUCUCAGUUCUUCAUUACGUUCCGCUCCUGCGCCUACCUGGAUAAGAAGCACACCAUAUUUGGAAGAGUGGUCGGCGGCUUUGAGGCCCUCACGGCGAUGGAGAACGUGGAGAGCGACCCCAAGACGGACCGUCCCAAGGAGGAAAUAAAAAUCAAGUCCACGAUGGUUUUUGUCGAUCCAUACGAAGAGGCAGAUGCCCAGGUGGCCAAAGAAAGAGAGAAGGCCCAGCAGGAAGAGGAGGCAAUGAAGGCCAAAAGCAAAGACAUCCCAAAGAAGGAGCCUCCCACACCAAAAACCUACCGCACAGGAGUUGGGAAAUACAUCAAUAUAGCAGCGGCGAAGCGAGCCGCAGAAGACGGGCCGUCCACCAGCGUGGUCAGCAAGAAGGAGAAGAAAACUGCCGGCUUUGGAGAUUUCAGCUCCUGGUAGCCCACGGCGGGGGGGGGACCAGCUUUGUGCCUCUACUGCCGUCACACCCACAACCAAUGACUCUUUACCCUAAUCUUUCCCUUAAUAAAGUUCCCCUGGCAGACCUUUGUCGGUCGUCCAGGGCUUUGGCC